AUGCCUCGAUUCUCACUCCUUUACCCUUCUAUCUUCUUGCUUAUAUCAGCACUGCUUUCACUUCACAACGGCUCUUGCGUUUACAGUCUCCGGAACACUCAAUUACAUCACGAACGGCACGCAACCGGCAUCGUUGAAGCAAGGUUGUUUCAACCAGGGCAAGGCGGCUACACCUGCUCUAGGAACCAGCCAUGUCCUAACGGUGCUUGUUGCGGCGUGAGCGGCCGGUGUGGUUACGGUCCGACGUAUUGUGGUAAAGGCUGUCAGUUCAACUGUAAUGCCAAAGCAGAAUGCGGUAAAUUCGCGCCAAAUGCAGGACAAACUUGCCCCCUUUACGUUUGCUGCUCAGAGUUUGGUUUCUGCGGUACAACUGGCGAGUUCUGCAAAAAAGGUUGCCAAUCCAACUGUCAUCAGCCAAAACCGUCAGGCCAUCCAUCAAAUGUUCAGAAACGAGUGGUUGGAUACUGGGAGGCGUGGAAUUCCCACCAUCCAUGCGGUACUAUGGGGCCUGGAGAGAUUCCUGUUAACUAUUUGACUCACCUGAACGUUGCAUUUGGAUACAUCAGUCCAGAUUUUCGAAUCACUAACAUGGACGGCUUGUCUACUAAUGUUUACGAAAGUAUAGGUGACAUAAAAGCUCGAAAUCCGGACUUGAAGUUGCUCAUUGCCCUUGGUGCUUGGAAAUUUAGCGACCCAGGCCCGUGGCAAAGCGUAUUUCCAGAUAUGGUAUCUACAGCGGCGAAUCGAGCUGUGUUUGUUAAAAAUGCAUUGGCAUUCUUAGAGAACUAUGGGUACGAUGGGUUGGCUUACAAUGGAACAGAUUGGGAGUACCCUGGUGCUGACGACCGCGGCGGCACUGAGAAGGAUGGUGAAAACUAUGCUGCGCUGUUAAAGGAGCUGCGUGCCGCAAUCAAAGCCAGCGGCCACGACUAUAUCGUAACAUUUACGGCCCCGACCUCUUACUGGUAUCUUCGCCAUUUCGACUUGGAGAACAUGGUGCCUCACGUUGAUUGGGUGAAUUUAAUGUCCUAUGAUCUUCAUGGAGUUUGGGAUGGCAACAAUACAAUCGGCAAACAUGUCUUGGCCCAUACUAACUUGACCGAGAUUGAUCUCUCACUUGAUCUAUUUUGGAGAGUCGGAAUUCAACCAUCAAAAAUUGUCUUGGGUCUCGGAUUUUACGGCAGAUCAUUCUCUUUAAAAGACCCUCACUGCUGGAAGCCCGGAUGUGCCUUUAGCGGUCCAGGAGAUGCAGGCCCAUGUUCUAGCACUGCAGGAAUAUUAUCGUUCAGAGAGAUCACAGAUAUACUUCGCCGAACUGGCGCGACAGCUUACUGGGAUAAAGAGGCAGCCGUUAAAUAUCUGCCUUAUGGAAAGGACUCAUGGAUCUCUUUUGACGACGCCCAAACGAUACAGGCCAAGAUCGAUUACGCGAAUAAGCUCGGCCUUUCGGGCUUAAUGAUAUGGGCCGUCGACCUUGAUAAUGGACAGCUGGAUGCGCUCAGAGCAAUCUCUGAUCCUUCCAUCAUUGGCAACCACAAUACCCCAUUCGAUCUAGUAGAUAUCAAGAACAUAUUCCCGACCGAAUUCCUUCCUCCUAACGGAUAUACUCCAAGAUAUGGACUAGUUAGCUUUGGGGGUUCUCUAGGUUCAACCAAUAUGGAUCCAAGUAACGGCGGAUUCGGCUUUUUUCUCAUAUCAGGCGAUUCUCACGUCGCUUCGCCACUGACUAAACGGGACAAUGAGCCAGAUCCGUUCGAAUUCUUAGAUUGCCAUUGCAUGAAAAACCCAUUGCGGUCUGGCAUUUCCAAGGCCAGAGUGGCUUGCUUUAGUGAUGAUGUGCAAGGCUGUUUCCGAGUCAUGGAACAAGGUGUCGAGGGUACUCUGGUGGAGUUGCCAACUCAUGUUACAUUGCAACAUGCAACUGACGGGUCAGAUCAAUACAUCCCCAAAAUAUUUGGCGGCAGACAGCCAACCUCACAAGUCUUUGACUUUUACUUCGAUUUUGAUAUGGGUCUUGUCCGCCGAGAUACCAACCACACCAGUAUUCGCAUCGACUACUCAAAUCUUAAAGGCUACUGGGACUCUGUUGUCAACUCUCCCGGCAUCCAAUCCCGGGAUCUAACACGCAGAUUCUUUGCUCCAUCAUCUGCAGACUGGCAGGAAAAAUAUUCCAGUGACGGUUAUUCGACGUUUGAAGAUUCCAAAUCUUUCGAUAUCAGUGAGGAUAUACAAGCUCCACUAUUAUGGCAGACUGCUCAGGACUGUCCAAUUGAAGGAUCGACAUUUGAUGAAGGCAUUGGUGCUUACAUAAAAGGAAAACUCAAUGCUCACUUUCUCUAUGGCUUCUCUAUGGUGGCUGGCAAGGGAAAUCCUGCUAUAAGUGAUGAGAUUCCAGUGACGAUAGGUGGGCAUGCCAUCAACGCCGGCAACUCUGCUGACAUGGCUACCUUUGAACCCUUUUACCAAAUUGGGUAUGAAAUGGCCACUAUGAAUGGAACAGACAUGAGAAGCUUUGGAGAGAACAAUAUUCCAUUCAAUGGGCGGUUACAAACCAGGAUCCUGUCCGAUUUUGGCGAUUCAACUUUAUAUUUUCCAAUCUCGGAUACGGAGUCAAACAUGGCACUCGCAAAGCGCAGUAAGAAUAAUGUUGUUGUGUCGAAAGCUGACGUUCUGUACAAUGGUCUGGGAGAUGGUGGUAGAAUUGCUCUGAGCAGCAUUGUUACGUUUGGUCUAAAAAGCAAACUGCUUUUGGGAGGGCAAAACGUUCCUCUACCAAUUGAUCUACCCAACCAAGUUCUUAAAGACAAAAAGAAGUGCUACAAUGAGACUAACCACUCUUUACUUGGCGGCCGGGGGAAGCUAAAUGGCUGGGGCUACAGCGCUGGGACUUCGAUUAAUAUCUCAACCUUUAUGCAGGACCAAGCUAUCCUUACUAUGUUUGACACUACUCAACCAAAAUUUAGCUGCGAUGACUGUGUCGGCUGCGAAAAAGAGCGGAGAAAACGCAAGAAGAGCUUUUGUUGUGGAUGUGUAAGUAUGCAAUAUCUCUACGGCUAUACAGACUUCGACCCCGCGAUCGAUCCUCCAGAAGAGGGAGAAUGGAUCCCAGGCCACCAACCACGGAAUCAGUUGGAAGACGAAGAUGAGCAAGGUCAUCUACUAGAGAAACGGGUUAAUGGCACAGCCACGCUGUCUCCCAAAAAGGUGUUGGUAUGUGGUGCAUUCUAUUAUCCCGCCUUCCCAGCAGAUGCAACAUUUCCAUGGGAUGGCAUUGAGCAGGGGCGUUGGGAUCCUAUUUCUAGGUACUGGAGCAACGUUUCUGCCUCUUGCACUAAUUGGGCUGCUGGCCAGCUAAAUGUUGCCGAUGUCGAACAUACUCCAGCAGGCAUGUAUCGGGCCAAGUAUCAAACGGAGCAUGUUUUUGAAGGCCAGCUUAUAUCAAUCUUCUUCAACCAGUGGCUUGAUAAAGGGUUUUUCAAGCGCCAGAACCCUAUGCCUAACAAUCCUCGGCCCAAGAAGCCCGUCUCUCCGAACUCAUGGGUACUUAGAAAUAAGAAGGUGCCUUUUAUUCAAAUUCUGCUGGCGGAGCUGGGCAAUAAGGCAACUCUCGACCGCUUAACCAUUUUCAAGGCCAGACCAAACUAUAAGAAAGGAAAUGUGUUUGAAAAUAUCAACACUGUUAGCAUAAUAAGUUAUGGACUCAUGCCUGUCACCGAGCAGCUUCAAAGUGUGAAAGAGCUAGGUAAGUCAGGUGACGAGAUGUAG